GUCGAGGCUUACUUAGGGGAGAGGGCCAGGAGAUCCGAAGCCAUCUGCCGAGCGCCUUUCGUCAUCGCCCCGGCUCCCACAAUCAGCUUCAAGUGCACUCGCCCGUACUUGUUUCGCCCCUCUCGACGGUGCGGCAUCUUUCAGGGUUUGGCGCCGUUUCCAACCAAGCCGUGGUGUGAUUCCUUGCCUCCGGAUAGCGAGAAACCCCGCAGAUUCCGGUCAUUCUCACCGCGCGCGUCAGCAACCCGGGGCGCAUGGCGACGCCCCUAGAGACACAAUGACUGCCAUACAAGCACCCACCGACACAGCAUCCGCCAUGGAGGACAUCCAUGGUGUCGAUGUAUCGUGGCUGCACCACUCGACUAGAGACCAUCAUCAUCGCCAGCAUGUCUCUUCGUCGCCCGGCUGGAGCAAAGAUGCGCCGCCCAAAACCCUGUCGAAUGGUGGCAUAUCCGCCAGAUCCCGCCACGACGAGCAGCAACAGACACCAGAGCCGAAACCGGCGGCCAACAGACCCGCAUCUCCACCGCGGCCCCCUCCUCCUGCUGCUGCUCCUGCGGCGACCGCCACCGCGACCACGACUGCGCCCCAAAAAACACCAUUGAAGCGACCAGCACUGCUCAGCCGAAAUAGCUCGGAAAAGAACCUAAACGGAACCACGCCACCAGACUCGAGAAACACUUCGCGGCGCGGAUCGUGGAUGACGAGCUUCAGCUCCAAAUUCUCUUCGCAGAACUCACCUGCGCAGACGACACAUACCCAAGCCCAGGGAUCACACGCAGCGUUACAUGGCGCGGCCAACUCGUCACCGUCUGCGAAUGGCGCCCUGAACGGCAUACAGGCAGCCUCGGGAGGAACCCAUGGUGCCUCUGAACCCUAUGUUCCGCAACCACCCAAGAGCUCAUUCGUCGGCAACGUCCUUCGGCGCCUGUCUUCGGGGUCACAGAUAAGCGCCUCUGGCAAGGUCUACCCGAAUGGAGGCAUGUGCCCGCGCAGAGUCAUGAACAUCGACCAGAAACGCGAGCGAUGCCUAGUACCCGAACUCGACCAGAACAAGUUGCGGAAAGUCGCUUUCUGUGUGGAUGUCGAGAUUGCGGCAGGGCCCAAGUACAAAGACGAUGUGGAUACAAACGAGAAGCAGUCAAAGCGCAAAGAGAACAACAAGAUGAAGGAGCGUGGCGAGGGAGAAGCACUCAAAAAUCCAGAUGCUGUGGCGGAUCAAAAGGACAAGAAAGGCGUCAUCGCCGUUGCGCAAGAAGCUUUUGGCAAUGAAAAACAGCCAAACCCAGAGGGCACUAUAGUCGAGGACAAGCAGGAGAUAAGCAAAAAGAAGGAAAAGAAGAAGCGAUCAGAAGCUGAACGUAAAGAAAGGAAAGAGAAGAAGCGCAGGAAAGCCGAAGAGAAUGGUACCAUACCUUUGGAGCUCACCAGAGACGACGACAGUGGUAGUGCUGAAGGUGUACCCGCUCCGGCUGGGACGACAGCUCCUCGCGCUCAGGACCGGCCGACGAUUGAUCCCCUGCGCAUUUACAGGCGGUGUUGCCAGCUACGCGAAUCGCCAAUCCUCAAACGCAUUAGCGACCAACUGGCAGCCCCCCGUGCAUGCGCCGUUGUUCAGCCGGGUGUUGUUAUCUCUCUAGAUUUGACUGGGUCGCGGUUACAACUAGCAGAUGUCCUGACUCUAUCAGACUGGCUAGCCAUCGUACCUGUGAAGAAGCUGUUCUUGGAAGACGCCGAUCUGACCGACGAAAAGAUUCGCGUCAUUCUCGCCGGGCUUCUGGCCGCCAAAGUCCCAGAACCACCAAAACGUCGCAGUCAGUCAAGCGAUGGACCCCAAGACGGACUUUGCCAACAAGGCUCCUGCGCUGUCAAGAAACUUGUCUUGAAAAACAACCCGAAAAUCACAUCCGAGGGCUGGAAACACAUUGCUCUGUUUUUGUACAUGUGUAAAUCCAUCGUGGCCAUGGACGUGUCAAUGAUCCCAUUCCCAAACCCUCAACCACCCGUCGCCUCCCCGUCACCUGCGGAUAGCACGCAAACCUCGUCGCAUGCCAAGGACGGCAAGUCAGGAGAUAUUGCAGACAUAUUCUCAAAGGCCAUUUCCGAACGCUUGGGUGGUGCUGAGCUCCAAGAACUGGCCAUGGCUGAGUGCAACCUGACCUCUUCGAGUGUUCGCAAAAUCAUCGAUGGCUGUAUUGUUAGUGGCAUCCAGCGCCUUAGCCUUGCCACAAACGACCUGGACGCGGAAGGAUUAGAACAUGUGCUCAAGUACGUGCGCUCUGGAGUAUGCCAAGGUCUUGAUCUUGGAGGCAACGACCUCCGAUCUUGGAUAGGCCAGCUCGGCGAGUGCAUAAGCCAGUGCAAAAACAGUCAGUUUUGGGCAUUAUGCUUGCAGGAUACUGGGCUCACACCCGACUCGCUCAAGACACUUCUCCCAAUUCUGGUAUCUCUGCCAUCCUUCAAAUUCUUGGAUCUUUCAUAUAACAGGGGUCUUUUCUCAGGCCAGACCGCACUGUGUCUGCUGAGAAAAUACAUGCCUCAGUUCAAGGAGCUGAAGCGGAUACAUUUGAUGAGUGUCGACAUAAAGCCCGAGGAUGCCAUAGCCAUUGCGGAAAUCCUUCCCGACUGUCCUCAGAUCGCCCAUAUCAACAUUCUCGAGAAUCCCGAAAUUACACGUGUUGCAAAUUCCACCGACGAAGAAACCCAAGAAGAUGCGGCUGCGCUGUAUGCAUCUCUGGCACUCGCGGCCAAAUUGACAAAAUCGCUCAUAUGCGUCGACGUCGACAUACCGGCCCCUGAGCAGAGCGAAGUCAUCAAGGCACUUGCGAAACAAGUCGUGGCGUACUGUCUGCACAACAUUGAAUCCAUGAACGAAGUGCCCGAGCUCCGUACCGCACUAAAGGAGGUCGAAGUACCCGGGAUUUUGAUGCGCCUUGUAGCUCCAGGGGAUGCCGAUGGUAAAGAGAACGACGAGUCAUCAUCUGCUGCUGACAAUGACUAUAUUGUUGGUGGCACAGGUAUCGCCAAGGCUCUGAGCUACUGCCUGUCUCACAAGGACUCCAACCUCCGUCGGCUGUCAGCCUCCGCAAGCGGCACAUCUACUCCAAGAAGUCGCAGCGUAGUUCCAGUACUCGAAGAGCCCUGUAAAGCAAGAGCCAUGUCCAAGGAUCUUCUUGAUACGGCGCGCAACACACGAUUUAGGAUCCAGCCCGCCUUGGCUCGGGAAGCGAAGUGUGGCAAUGAUAUGAAUUACCGUCGUUUACUGUUCCUGGAUCAAACGCUCCUGGGCAUGAUACAGCGCUUCGAGGAUGAAUACCCAGAAACUCGUCUCCAACCGUCAGAUGCUGUUUCUAUUUCUAGCUCGAUACCGAGCAGCUCGCCGCCUGUUUCUGCAGUACCGACUCUUGAAAAUAGCGCUGUUUCCGACACGAUGACUCCUGAAUCCGAUGAAGACGAGCCCUCCACCAUUCGCUCGCGCCAUAAUUCAGACGUGUCCCUUGCAUCUCGGCACAUGUCACUCGAAGAGGGCCGUCUGCAUCGCUUUGGCCACCGCGUGCGGACUGGUCUUCUCAACAAUUCUCGUCCCACCACACCCGAUGUCCCCAACAAUCACAGUUCCAUGAUCUCCGGCACAGCGGAAGAUGAAGGCAUUCCCGAACAUAUUCUGGCCUUGCGUGCGUACUUCCAGAACCACAGUGGCGGAGAGGUGAAGGAUAUAAUUGAGGGCAAGGGCUGGGAAGAAGCCUUCAACAGGAUAGUAGAGAAUGCCGAGGAAUUGAAGAACUUGGAGCGAGACGACCCCCACCACUUCAAGAUUUUUAUGGAUAGUCAAGUCGCCGCGUUGAAGAAUCGGAAUCCGGAUAUCCACGCGUCUGGAGAGAAGGAUGUAAAGAGUAAUGUUGAUGAAGAUGGCGAUGAUUUUGCUGUUGAAGAUUAGGUUAUGGCUUGUUAUCCGCAACGGCGGACUGGAUUGUACGAUAGGUUUGAUACUUGGGCCUUGAGUUAGGAUUCCGGAACACCUCGGAUGACUUUGGUGAUUCUUUUCUGUCGUUAUAAUAUGUAAGCAUUUUGCCUAUCGUCCCCCAGUGGCGGCGUAGGUAAAUGGUAUUCUUAAUACUACUUCAAUACCGAUUC